GCGCUGUGAACCCGAAAUGGCUACGGCAUGACAUCCGCUCCGCGCGCACUCGAGCUUUGAUAUGACGAGGCCCGUUGCAAGGUCUCCGACGUUGCAAGUUCGAUCACCUCUUCCUCCCGCAGGCCCCCACACCAACUCACUCCACCCUCACCCAACAUCCUACGUCCUCCAGCACACGACUUGCUCCCAACUCGUCCUCGUCGUUCGGGUCACUCGAUAUGCCGUCUUCCGAUUCGGUCCAACUUCCUUGAAGCCCGCAUUCCCUUUUCCUUUGUGUUUGUUUCCUUGUUCCUGCUUCCUUCUUUCCUUGGGUUGGGGUUGGGUCGGUGGGUGGGCGUUCUUUCCUCAUCCACCAUCAUGAACAUACCUCGAACAUCAUUACAGCAACGAGCAAUCAAGACAACGACCGAAGACAAAAGCAACAUCGUCACAAUCGUAACCUGGGCGACUUUGGUCGUAUCGGUUCUCGUUUUCCUCGCUCGACAAUGCAUCAAGCUCGCGAUUCACCGUAGAAAGGCUGGCAUCGACGACCUUUUCAUGUUGACUGCGACCAUCUUUGCCGUCGGUCUUUCUGUCACAGUACUCAUUCUAGCAUCUGACGGUCUCGGUGUACUCGACGUGCUCACCGUUAGAAAGGCCGAUCUGAUUCAAAAAGGGUACUAUGCAUCAGAAUUCCUCUACAUCCUCACAAUUGGUUUCGCAAAACUCUGUCUCGUUUCCUUCUUCUACAGUGUGUCCCAUCAUCAGCGAGGGCAGCGACGGGCUGUGUUAGCGAUUGGCAUCUUCAUCCUUGCGUGGACACUGGCCUCACUUGCUGCCGUUGCUUUCCAAUGUGGUCUUCCGAAGCCAUGGGAAAUAUUGACAUUGCACUGCUACAAUAUUGGAGUCUUCUGGAUCGUCUACUGCAUUGUAGACAUGACUAGCGACGUCGCUAUAGUAAUGCUAUCCAUAAACCUGGUAGCAUAUCUGAAGGUCAGACUUUCGAGGAAGAUUGCGGUAGUCGCUUGCUUUGCACCUCGUAUUCUCGUCAUUGGCGUCGCACUUGCGCGCUUGGUGUACCUCUUCCCGAUAUCGCCGCACAACAACCCAGCCUUCCACCUAUGGGUACCACUAAUAAUCACUCAAGUCCAGGCUUGUCUGAGUAUUGUGACGGCUUGCAUACCAUAUGUACGCGCUUUCUUUGAAACGUCCGAUGCGAGCCUACGCAGACGGUCGACAGCGAGAAGUAAACAUGCCACCGUCGAUGAGGAGUCGUAUGGUUGCUGCGGGUAUCCUAGGGGUUACAAGAAAGCGCAUGGUAACUCAACGGACUCGACUGCCUUUGCGAAUUCACCCUAUGGCAGAACUUCCGAUGCCUCGCCACGCAUUCCGAGUCCGGCGCCCGUUAGUCCUUUGGAGGCGCGGUUCGACACUCCACCAGACACAUCUGCCAGUGGAUCGCGGACUCCUAGCGAAAGAGGUUUGCGCCUUGUCAUUCCCGAGCACAACGAAACGCACCACGGAAGCGACCUCACCUCACCGCAAACCGCGAGUUCGAAUGCUCUUUCGCCCGCAUAUCCAUCUCCACACCCCUUACUAUCGUCCAUAGCUCUUACUCAUGUCCGCUCUUCCACGUUGCCUGCAGCGGACGCGGCGAGAUCCCGAUCGGCCAUGGAUCGUGAGAAGAAUGUUACACCAUCUCCAAGUCGGCCACAACCACCCCGCCGAUUUUCGCUCUUUCCUACACAACAACAGUAUUCACUGCUGCCGCAACAGCGUGCACGUCCACCGUUGACUACCACAUCACCAACUGUCGAACGAUCGUGUGCAGAUGAUGCAUCACCAAUGCGCCAUAUGCCAGUCGGUCAGAUACCUGAAACUCGAGGGCUGUCACCAAACGCCCCUCUGCCAGUAUCGCGUACGCCACGCCUGAUGUUUCCUCCGCGACCAUCUUCCAGCCUUGAAAGAGUGGCCUACGAUGACCCACUCCGGACGGGGCCCAUCGUGAUGACCACAUCUGAAGCAGUUCCAGCGCCGAUGCCCGUAGCAAUACCAGUCAGGCACGAUACCACAAGCACAGAUACUUCAGUCCCCUCGUACUACGUCAGACCAUCUUCCACGGCACACAACUCAACGUUCUCAUCGCCGCAGUCAGUUCCUUCCUACUACAUCAGAACGCCACCUACAACGCACCCUCCAGCCUUUCCUCAAUCGAAUCCUUACGCUUACGAGGCUCCUCCCCCUCCACCGAUACCACCCACGAGUCCGCAACGUCAGCGCAACAAGCGCAUCCUCACGCCACAAAACUCCUCGCGACCUGAUCAGAUGUCGCCCAUCAGCCCUAUGACUCCUUCAACACCACGGUCGCUGUGGCGCGAGGAAAACGGCAACAGGAGCGUUGAGACACCGAAAUCUCCUCAUGGGUGGGACCAAGCUCCAAUAAUGCCCAUGGUGCAGGAUGUACGCAACAGCCCCCGUAUCGUGGUACAAAGAUUCUCCUAGAGUUUCCAUUUCCUUUGUUCGACUGUAACAUGUACGCAAUUCUUUCUUGCUGCGUGUGCACGAGGCCACCAGCUGUAUUCUUAUCCGUUGUCUACAAUUUCUAAUUUCUUUAUGUUGGAACGCAUCACAUAUGGCGUUCGCCAUCGUUCGGGAAGAUGCAUGGGUAUAAACGAUUUAUGGCUAUUGGUAUGCAUUGAGUGGGACGGUCAUACUUCCUUCAGGAUUCUUUGUCUUUCGAUUUUCGAUCUCGCUUCGGCGUGUUGUAUUCACACCUUUUACGCUUUUCUUGCUACAUCGAAUGGCUUUGUCCUGCUCCAGUAGAUGCCGCAUCAGCACAGUCCUUUUCUUCGUCAAACGAUACCCACUCUCUUUUCAGUUUGUCUAUAUUUCACGAUGUCCAGUUUUCCCAUCCGCAUUAGACACGAUUGCGCACCCUGCGAAUAGAAUGAUUGACUUGCGUACACACGUC